GGCACAGCGAUGGGCGUAUCCAGAGCCCAUAUCGGAUCUUCGUCUAUUAACGCUACCAACUAUGGAGCAACCUGUGUUCAGACCGGUUCAGGCGAUAUGAGCGAAGACUGCCUCUUUCUCAACAUCUUCACACCAUACAUCCCCGCCUCCAACUAUCCCAGCGAGAAGUUGAAACCAGUCAUGUUCUGGAUUCACGGUGGUGCCUUCACCGGCGGCUCUGGCUCUGACCCAACCUUCGACGGUGGAAACAUGGCGUCCCGAGGCGACGUCGUUCUCGUGACCAUCAAUUACCGUCUCUCAACCUUAGGGUUCCUUUCACUUCCAGGACCAACAUCACAGGAAACUACGGUAUCGCUGAUCAAAUUGCCGCACUCGAUUGGGUAAGGGAACACAUCAAGGCUUUCGGAGGUGAUCCAGAGAGGAUCACGAUUUUUGGACAAUCGGCUGGU